GCAGCGGAGACAGAAAGAGCUCGAAUACCAGCGACAGCAGCUGCUGUCCGCCAUGGAAGAGAGAAAACAAGUAAUGCAACGGAUGCAGCAGUCGCUGCAACAAUCGGGAAUGAUUGAUCCACAGCCGCCGCAGCAGCAGCAGCCCCAGCAACAGCCGCACGUUCCCUUUGAGCGGAGGCAUUCGUUGUUUGGGGGCAAGGUAGGUGCUCUGGAGGGACCCGACCUGGAAGCCACCGGGAUGGUGGAUGGACACCGGUUUUCCUCGAGGUUCGAAACCGAAUACGGCGGUGGGCGUCGCGACGAUCGGCGCGGGAGCCUGGACCUCCUAGGCGUGGUUGCGGGGGCGACGCAAGAAGCCGUUUCCAACCCGGACGUCACCAGUAGAAAUAAGAGCGCUACUGGGGACUUGUCGCCGCUCGGCAGCGGGGGCAAACUUUCACCCGGUCCGCUCCUCGACGCCAAGGACACGAGCAAAUUUACCAGCAUUGGAAAAUCAAUCGCGCUGGGAUUGCCGGAGGAUAAGGACUGGCUUACUCCCCUUCAUUGCUUUGUGCGGCUCCAUUGCGUCGAGGUCUUUACAGCGACCAAAAAUGAUGUUGCCGUACCCACUAAAGGAAAGAGAAAGCCAAUUCAGGUCGGCCAGGUUGGCAUUCGUUGUCCCCACUGUCACAAGUCGGACAUGGCACCUUUGUCCCGRGAACGAGGGAGUGUGUACUACCCAACCAGGUAUGUAACUUUUUUUUAUUGAAAAUUUCACGGUCAACGUUAUGUUCGCUCUUUGAUCGAAGCAAUGAUAUUGCCGUAACAUGGAAGUCUCUGAUCUUUCUCUUGACCCCAAUCUUGAUUUUCCUUUAAUUUUUAAGUGUAUCCUCGAUUUAUAACGCCACAAUGAAUUUACUGCAGCGUCAUUUGCACAGCUGUAAAGCAGUAGACCCGGAGAUUAUGCGACGAUACGAAACAUUGAAACUCGAUGAUGCCCGCAGCGGUACGUCGAAGUCAUAUUGGGCAAAAAGUGCCCUUAGUCUAGGUCUGGUCGACACCAGGGAGGGGAUACGAUUUUCAAGUGCAAAACCACCACCUCUUCCUAGGUUGACCAUGGAACAAAAAGCUUCUGAUAAUUAUCAUACCGUGAGGGGAAACAAUGAUGCAUUCUUCAAUUCAGCUAGCAAUACUAUUAUGGGUUUAUCCAACAUUAACGAAUCAUCCUAUGCCUCCAAAUAUCCUGUAAAUUUCGAACCAGUUUGUGAUGGAGGUCCCAGCAAAGGCUCUGAAAAAGCAGAAAUCCAACACCCGUUAGGUCUCAGAGAUAUAACUUCCAGUAAAGAGAAGGCCGYUCCGGAUGUAAACACGAUCAAAAGCUCUGGAAGCUCUGCUCCGUUAGUGACCGGAAAGGAUGAAAAGGUUGCAACCCAGUUUUCUUUUUUUCUGCUUAGCCAAAUGCAAACGUGUGUAUUCACCGAGGCUGAUCGCCUSGGGAAGCGCAAGGGUCUUCCCCCGGGAUUUCCGGGAUUGGCGUGCCGCCAUUGCUUUGGGGGAUACGGUUCUGGRCGUUUUUUCCCAUCGAGCAUAAAAACGUUAUCGGACACGUCCAAAACGCUGAACGUCCUUUACAACCACAUGAUGCGGUGUCGGAAAUGCCCCGCUGAUGUUCGCGGCACCCUCCAGAAAUUUCGCACGACACACGACGAGGAACGUGCUAAGAUGAAAUUUGGCAGCCAAAAGGCAUUCUUCGCGCGCAUAUGGGAUCGGCUCCACGACAACAACCCGACCGUAGAUGUCCGGAAGCGAAAAUUCAAUCAUCCGAAAAAAGAAAAACCGAAAUCUWUUUCGAAAGACAUUGUCCUCAAUGCACGAUCUACUGCUCAACAGGCCUUGAAUAUGCAAAUAGGUGGCGGGCAUCUGGGCCAGGUUCCUUAUUUGGAUGCUGCCAACUCCUUGUCGGGAGGACUUGGUGGUCUUUCAACAGCCGAACUGUUGAAUGGAUUGGCUGCUGGCAAUAUGCUACCGGGCAACAACAUGUUGAAUCCCUCGGUAUCGCAGCAAUAUCUUGCUACYGACCCAGAAUCAAACAAGCGACUGAAACUGCAGCACUUCAUUAACCCCAAUCCCAACAUGAGGUGAUUCUUCCGUCAGUUGUUCAUUCUAGGUUCUCAAUGAUUACAGUUYUAAGGGGCAUAGGACAAUAUGUUGUACUUCUGAAUAAUCAAACUUUAAUUUU